GUCCCUCUGAAGUUUAUCAGCAGAGCCGACACAACUUCACACACAUACAUAGUCUUAGAGACAUGCAGGGGUGACACACACCGUGGGGGUCACACACUGCAGGUCACACAUUUUCUUACCUGUCUCAGUUCAGAGGUUAAAGAUCCCAAAGACGCUCAUUCCUCCAUCAUGACGGCCAAGACUCUGGAGAAGGUGCCGGUGAAUCUCGGGGGGUUCGUGCACCCUGACAGCGUGUACUCGGUGGAUGAUAUCAGCUCCAGCCUGCCGACUUCUGUGGCCAUCUUCCCCAACAGCGAUCUGGGAGCGCACUACGACCAGAUCAAUGUGGCAGGUAAGAGAAAAAACAGAAAAAUACUACUUAAUUUUUUUAAUAUAAUAGAGCGUUAAAUGACAAAGAGUGGUUGAUUACUCUGUGAAGACUUGCUAUAUCGUGGAACUUGGAAUCAAUACAUUUUCAAAGACAUUUAAAAUGAUAAAAACAGGAAAAAGAUAAUUGAAAUCUUAAUCUUCUUCUAGAAAGAGUUAUAUAUUUCAUCUCUCGUGUCAAAAUGUUCUUGUGGGACUAUUUCAGUCCGUGCGUAAUUGCGCGUAAUCUCCCCUCCUUACUCCAUAAACGCACUCUUCACAUUAUCCUCUCUGAUUUAUUUUGUCUUCUGUUGUAAUAAUCUGUUUUGUUUUUGUUCCUCUCUCCGCAGACAGCCUGAUGAGCGCAGACAUGAGCGUAGAGAAGCGCUCCCUGGACCUCUCCUCUUACCCCGGCGGCUUCUCUCAGCCUGCGACCCACCGUAACCAGACCUUCACCUACAUGGGCAAGUUCUCCAUCGACUCCCAGUACCCCGGAAACUGGAACCCCGAGGGAGUCAUCAACAUCGUGUCGGGCAUCUUCAACGUGGCCCAGCCGCCUCCUCCUCCUCCUCCUCCCUCCUCCUCAGCGUCCUCCUCACCGGCAUCCUCAGGAUCUCCUCAUCACUUCUCCAGCGGAAAUCUGAGCUGCACCAUGGCGGCUCAGACCCCGGCUGAGUUAGACCACCACCACCACCUGUAUUCCCCUCCGCCUCCCUACUCCACCUCCGGCUGCGGGGAGGUGUACCAGGACCCCUCCGCCUUUCUAUCCACCUCCUCCUGUCCCAUCGCCUCCUACCCUCCUCCCUCCUACUCCUCCCCCAAGCAGCCCGGCGGCUCGGACGCGCCCGGGCUCUUCCCCAUCAUCCCGGACUACGGCUUCUUCCAACCGGCCUGCCAGAGGGACAUGCACCCGACCGGGAUCCAGGACCGCAAACCCUUUGGUCCGUGUCCGCUCGAUUCCUUCCGUGUCCCCCCACCCUUGACCCCACUGAACACUAUCAGGAACUAUACACUGGGGGGUCCCGGUCCUUGUGGCACAGAAGGGGGGGCGCCGAGGCUACCUUCAGCCUACAGCCCACAGAACCUGCCUCUGAGGCCCAUCCUGCGACCAAGAAAGUACCCAAACAGACCAAGCAAGACGCCCAUCCACGAGCGGCCAUACCCGUGCCCCGCGGAGGGCUGCGACCGCCGCUUCUCGCGCUCUGACGAACUCACGAGACACAUCCGGAUCCACACCGGACACAAGCCUUUCCAGUGCCGGAUCUGUAUGCGCAACUUCAGCCGAAGCGACCACCUCACCACGCACAUCCGCACGCACACCGGAGAGAAGCCUUUCGCGUGUGACUUCUGCGGCCGAAAGUUCGCGCGCAGUGACGAGCGGAAGCGACACACGAAGAUCCACCUGCGGCAGAAAGAGAGGAAGUCCUCCACGGUCUCCUCCUCAUCCUCCUCCUCCAGCAGCUCCGGGGUGGAGCGCAGCGCAGCCAGCGGGAUCUGCUCAUAGCUUCCCGGGAAAACUUUGUUGUUGCCAUGGCAGCGUGACGCGCACUAACCCCUUCAGAAAAGACUGAAAGAGAAAAAAGACUUGAAAAUUAAAAACUUUGGUGCAGAAAGGCAGCGGGACUGAAGGAGGACUUGUGUACAGCCGUGCGUAAUUACGCACAUCCAUACGUUCACGGUACACGGAUGCACUUUCCCCCCGUCUGGACAGUGAAGUUAACACGGUCAUGUCACGUGAUCAUCAGAGUUUCUAAAGGGGAGCGUGUGCACACAGUGAGCGCGUGUCAGUGUGAAAUAACUGCAAUAAUGUUUGAAGACAGAAAAGCUUAAGUUAUUGACAAAGUGUUUAUAACAUGAGUGUGCGUGUGUGUGUCUGUGUUUCCUCAGUGCCUUGCUGUGUGUGUGUAUGUGUGAGUCUGUGUGAGUCUCCCCAAGAGGCUGUAACACAGUGUGAACAUCGUCUUUAAUCUGUACAGGUCAAAAUCUUUAUUUUUGUACUCAUGUGGUCCACUGUAACUCAGAGUGUUUUAAUCUGUUGAACUCAUCUUGUUGUGAUGUGUGUUUGACUUAUUAAAUGUCCAGAGAUGUUAACGCUCGUGCUCAUGUCUGUUCCUUACUCGCUAAACACCGUGAUGCGUUCACGGAACAUUACAACGCUGUAUGAUCAAUGACAGUUAUGGGAAAUAGAGGCAAAUGUAACACACUCAAUAUCUCCAACAAGUUAGAGUAAGGGCACCGUCUGCACAUGCUCAGUUGAAUUUCUCUCUGCCUGCUGAAAAGGAGUGAAAUCACUUCAACACAGCAAAAAAUAUAAACAAAGCAGGAUUUUUAUGUGUAAAAGGUUUGUUUUGUGGGAUUUGCAUUUCUAAUCUGCUAGCUAGAGUGAAAAUAAAUUAAAAAUUUAAUAAAUCUUUUAUGAAAGCUUUUGGUUAAAACAAUAAAUAAAAGUAACAUGGUCAACCUGCGCUAACGAGAGUAAUAGUGUGAGGUCUUUACAUGCUGACCAGGUUAGGUUGAUAACUGAGAAUAACAUCAAAAUUUGUUUAUUAGCAAUCAUUAAAAAAAGAUCUUGUACAUGGUUAUUUACAGAGUUUUAUAAUUAUCAUACAUUUCUUUAUCAAAUUGGUUAGGGACUUUCCUUGACCUCGAAUGAAAUUCAGACGCGACGCAAUUCCUCAAAGUCUAAUAACAGCUGGAACAUUCUUAAUCUUAUUAAGAGAGAAAUCACGCUAUGACAGUUUCUAUCAGACUCAGUGGUUAAAAUACAGCAUUUAAAUGACCACAGUAGAUGUUUCCGUAGAUGACAAGUUUAUUUCAAGUAAUUUGUGGGCUCCAAAAGAUGAUGUGAAAAAUGUCACUGUGGCCCCGGUCUCCUCUACUUCCUUCCCGUUUAUUAAAAAAAUGAAAAAGAUAUUGGAAACUUUUUUUAAAGGGUAAGUCCCAUUUUACGUCACUCAAGACUUCUCAAUCUGACUCAGUUUUUACCCACUCACUUUUUAUGUAGGUCUUAUAAACAGACUGAGAUCAACACGCACAGUUUGUACCAGUGAGGGUGAGAUUGUAUAGCGAUAAAGACUUUGAGGGAUAAAUCUGUGACCUGAGACAAAACUUUUGAUCAGGUCAGAGAUAAAAUAUAUAAAUUUAAUAUGUUUUUUGUUCCUUUAGUUUCAAAGGAAAUAACAGCAUAAUUAACACAGACAGACUGCUGAACACUUUAUAAACAAAGACCACAUGUCUGAAGGUGACUUUUUCAAAUGUAAGAUAAGAGUGCAUUCACGUGUUCUUAUUCAUUGAAUAACCUGACAUAGAGCGGAGCUUGAAUCAGAAUAAGUUUACACCUUAUUGACAAGUAGGUAUCUGUUGCAGCAUUUUGGUUCUAGGAAAACAAUGAAAACAGUAACUAGAGAAAUAAAGACAGAAAUAUGUAGACGUAGAAACUCUUAACUCUAACCCUAAAAUAGAAACAAAGAAUAUAAAGACUAAUAAGUCUAUAACUGAAGCUGAAUAAAUUUAUACAUAUUCUGCAAAGAAGAGCUGUACAUGUGCGCAGAAAGGUGCAGGAUGAUACGAGUGCAAAAUCCAGAAGGGCCAGUUGUGAGCUUUCCCAACGCUGAAAGAGAAAGAUGAACUAAUUUAUUUGUUUCUAUAUAUACGCAGUAUAUAUUUUAAAUUUUGGCCUGAAAAUGAAAUAAAUAUGUGGGCAGAAUAUGAAAUCCUCUCAAGCUGAUCAGUCACAGAUUUUCAGAGUAAAUCCAGAGGACAGGACGUUCAUGUAUAUGAUAUAUUUGUUUGAUUGAAUUGACAGUAAAACAUCGGUGAUCAUGUUUAAAUGUCACUCCCUCUUUCUUGUUUCAUCACUAUUAUUAAUCAACCUGAUCAUCAAUGUUACACACAAUGUAGUUUUCACGGUAGGCAUAAUUUAAUCUCUGAGUCUGUUAUGUUCACAUGUGAUCAGAAAAAGACAACUUCAAAUAAAAAAAUAAGAAAGAAAAAACAGAGAAGUGAGCAUCUGUGAGUCUAGGUCAGACUGUUUUAGCAUGUUUCCGUGUGGUGUUGUGAUUAUAUACAUGUGCUACAAUGAAGUAACCAAUUACUCACACAGGAGGACAAAGUGAGGCAAAAACAGACGCAUUUAAAAACUCUCAUCAUAUGACAAAGGUAAUCGGCAUGUGAUAACUUAACAGAUGUACAGUGACAAAGAUUUAGACGAAUGUUCUGCAGUAUUUUCAAAGCACAGAGAAAAAGAUGCAUUUAAAAAAACAGAAGAUUCAAGUCUUUUUUGUCGUUGUCAAAAACAAAGAAACAGCGGAGCUUCUCUCUGAGCUGUCCACUGCAAGUAGAACAACAAUGAGACAGAAACACUGAAAAGAUUUUCAACCCCAAAUAAUAAAAUAGAAUAAAAAAAUAUAUAAAUGUAUUUUAAAAGUGUAUUUACCUGCUAUAAUCUAUUGGUUAUUUCCCAAAUAUGAUCUUAGAUUUAUUCCAGGUAUAAAGUUCAUGAUACAAAUCUGCAACAUUUUCAUAGAAACAUUUUCACCAUUUGAUUAAAAACUGAUUCAGUUGACGCCAGGUUCAAUUACUUACAAUAAUCAAUCACAAAGGGACUUUAAUUACUCUGUGUAUCAAUGACAAAUAUAAUUAUGGUGAAAUGUAAUCCUGCUGUUUACUUUCAUUUACAUAUUAAAAGCAGCAUCAUGCAGACACGUUAGUUUGAAUUUCAAUUAAAAUCUCAUGAUUUUAAAUUUACCAUCAUUUUAACUGACUUUCAGAGAUUUUAAUCAAACAUUAAUUUUAUUCAUUCAUCAUUACUGUUCAUGAGUUUUCUCCCUGCGGUUGGCCGUCUGUGUCCGUCCGCAGAUUAUCAAUCUGGCGGCGUUUCAUUCAGAGGCUGAAGUGAAGCGUUUUAUCAGCGCGCCC